AUGGCGCAUCCCUUUCAAACAGGCCUUCAAGAUGCAACUUCCCCCAUCAUGGAAGAACUCCUACACUUCCAUGAUCAUACACUAAUAAUUGUAUUCUUAAUUAGUUCCUUAGUUCUCUAUAUCAUUUCAAUUAUAUUAACUACUAAAUUAACACAUACAAAUACAAUAGACGCACAAGAAGUGGAGACAGUAUGAACUAUUCUACCAGCUAUCAUCUUAAUUAUAAUUGCACUUCCAUCACUACGAAUUCUUUAUAUGAUAGAUGAAAUUAAUAACCCAUCAUUAACUGUAAAGACUAUGGGGCAUCAAUGAUACUGAAGCUAUGAGUAUACAGAUUAUGAAGACUUGAGCUUCGAUUCUUAUAUAACCCCAACACAAGAAUUAAAGCCCGGAGAGCUGCGAUUACUAGAGGUAGAUAAUCGAGUAGUACUACCCAUAGAAAUAACAAUUCGCAUAUUAAUUUCCUCAGAAGAUGUGCUACAUUCGUGAGCUGUCCCAUCUCUAGGACUAAAAACUGAUGCAAUCCCGGGGCGAUUAAAUCAAACAACUCUUAUGGCCAUGCGACCAGGACUAUAUUAUGGCCAAUGCUCAGAGAUUUGCGGUUCUAAUCAUAGCUUUAUACCCAUUGUACUUGAAAUAGUUCCGCUGUCUUACUUUGAAAAAUGAUCCGCUUCAAUACUAUAA